AGACAAAGUGUUGUGCUCCAGACAGCACACAGAGACGUUGGCAAGAGCUAUGCGGUACUAUGAAAAUUCCUAUUGCUAUGGCUAUCGUCAUCACCAUUAUCGCCCAAAUAUCGAGGUUGAUGUUUUCCCCGGCUGGGGUGGCUCAUAUUAUCAAGCGCCGGUUGCUCGGCCCGAAGUCGUAGUCGUAACCCAAGCGGCUACCUAUACGCCCAUGGCAGGUGGUCAAGUGAUGAUGCCACAACCUCAGCCAUAUGCUGCUGGUGGCAUGUCCAUGGGCACAGCGGGCUAUUAUCAGCAGCAGCAGACCUAUCAGUAUCAGCAACAACAACAAUACAAUAACCCACCAUAUCCACAAUGGUAGAUAAACUUCCACUCCAUCUUCUCUACAACAAAAUAAUGUGUUAAAACUGUGAAUUAUUCUGAAAUCUGUUUGUAUAAAUAAAUAGUAUAUUUAAGUUGCAUACCUCAA